AGCCGCUCCGGACCCAAGAGCCGCAGCAGCCCCUUCAUCGGGGUGUCACAGUACAAGCGCACGGGCCGUUGGGAGGCACACAUCUGGGACAGCGGUGACAGCACCGGCAGCGGCAAGGGGCGGCAGCUGCACCUGGGCUCCUUCCUCACUGCCAAGCAGGCGGCAAGGGCGUACGACCGCGCUGCGCUGUGCAUGCGCGGCGAUGCGGCGGAGCUCAACUACCCUCGCUCCGACUACGAUGACGACCCGGUGCUGCAGCGCCUGCGCGGAAUGUCCAAGCGCGCCAUGAUCCUUGCCGUACGUUGCACCAUGGACGAG